AUGUCUCAUAUUCAGUAUGUGGACGAAUUGGUCAAAGAAUACCUACUCUUCAGAGGCUUCAGUCAAACUUUGAAAGCUUUCGAUAAUGACUUAAAAGCUGAGAAAGAGAAAGGCUUUCGGGUAGAUAAAAUUGUCGAUCAACUGAUGCAAUAUGUGUAUAGUUACGAUUUGACUUCUUUGAGAGAACUAUGGGGACAUUUAGACACAAGAAUGUUUUCUCGGCUAGAGAGCCACUUUACAUCAGCUGUGAGAAAGUUAGAAAAUGCUGUUCUAAAAAUGUAUUUGGUCAACGCAACAUUGAACAACAAGCAGGAUCGAAUUCAAGAAUUUUUUAUGAAGAUGACACCAGAGCUGCAGGGCCAUUCAGAAUGGAAGGAAUGGUUUGCAUUGCCGUUUGUUAAAAAUCCUGAAGACAAUCCAGCGUACUCUGUACAUUUUAGUAGACAGUGGCAAGACACUAUGUUACUCUCCCUGCACAAUUUUCUUGCUACUAUUUUUCAAUGUAUGCCACUACCAACACUACUCACUAUAGACGAGGAUACAAAUAGAUUAAAACGACUGCAAGAAGAGAACGAAGUACUGAGGCAACGUUUAAAUGAUUCAGUUAAGAUAGACAAUGUAAUGGAUGUAAAUCCUGGACCAGCUCCUCAACAUCCACCUAUUAUGGAUGAUUUUUAUAUAAUAGCGCAAGAAUCUCCUCUACUAGAAAACCCCAAGACUCUAAGGAACCUUAUUAGAAAUAUAGGUGGUGGUUCUAGUCCAAUUUUAAAUAGAAAGUCUGCGACAAAUUCGAAAAAGGCAGCCGAGCUUGAAGCUGUAUCAACGAAAAGAACGAACACUAAGGGGAAAUUGAGUUCCAUCAGUAAGUCCGAGACCGUUACCAAACGAAGUAUUAGCUGUGACUCAAGAUUAACUAGCUCUAGGAAACGAGAUUCGUCCAUUGACGCGGUGGCCGAACGGAAAGCGAAAGAUAAAAUUGAUUCUACUUACAUUCUUCUCAGCCAGGAAGAGUACACGGAGCACAAAACGUCCAUAAUACAAUGCAAAAGUAAUGCAAGCGGUUCGUACGUCGCCACCGGUGAUGCCGAUGGUGUUAUUAAAGUGUGGACACCGAUACCAUCGCCAAAGACUGUUACUACGUAUAUCUCUGCUACAGCGAAUUCGAACAAAGCUAUAACAGCAUUGGACUGGAUAUCGAAAAACGAGCGUUACUUUUUACACGGCGAUAACAACGGUUUGAUUCAAUUACACGAUACACGUGACUGUAAAACUCUAUGGGACAUUCAACAUGAAAAUUCCCGUAUCAUAACUCUGCUUUGUAAUCCGACCGAAUCCACGUUCGUGUGUUCCGUAUCCGAUUCGAACGGAGGGAAGCUUCUAUUGUACGAUAUUAAAACGAGAAAAUUAGAGAGAACUUUACCAUUGGAACAAAGCGUGACCGCUUUGUGUUCCGCGUUUAAUCAUAACGGGCAACUUCUUAUCACCGGAUUAUCGAACGGGAAUAUAUUAAUUCAUGAUCUCAGACGAAACGAAAUUAUCGAUAAUAUUAGUUGUCACUCGAGUCCGGUAAUCGAUAUAGAAUUAAUCAACGAUUAUACGAACAUUUGUACCCAAAGUGAAGAUGGUAAACUGUGUCAAAGGAGUCUGAACCACUCGGGGAAGAUUCUGUGGGAAACAAAGAUCAAAGUGGAGAAAAAUACUGUCCAUGGAAAACUGUUUACUUUCGACCAAACCGGUAAUUAUAUGUUACUCUGCACUCAAACUGGAGGAAACAUAUACAAGAUGCCACCCGGUGCACAAGCCAAAGUGUUAGAAUUAGGUGGGCACAAAGGAACGUUGUGUUGCGAUUGGUCCACCGCUAAUCAGUCUGGAACUUGCAUAACUGGGGGUGCCGAAGGGAAAGUACGGGUCUCGACACUGCUCUCACCAUGA